UACUGACUCCGCUCAGGCGCUGCAUGAUUACAUUGGCUUUCUUUCCUGCCCGAGCCAAGACGUGUGUUAACGUUGAAGUGGGGGUAGCUAUAGUUGGAGACACUAAAUUGACCCGUAAGCAGUGCAACAUUGGCUGUGAAGGACUUGUCCUAGAAACUACAUAUUUGAGUGAAUAGGAAGCUGUAUAUUUUUAACAAAUUCAAAAAUGUCUUGGCAAAGCUACGUGGAUAACCUGAUGGCCGACGGCAGCUGUCAGGAUUCCGCCAUUGUUGGGUAUACGGACGCCAAAUACGUUUGGGCAGCACAUGCCGGUGGUACUUUUAGCAACAUAACGCCUCAAGAGAUUGAUGUCCUCAUUGGAAAGGACAGGACUAGCUUCUUCACCAACGGCAUGGCCUUGGGUUCAAAGAAGUGCUCAGUCAUCAGAGACAGCCUCCAUAGUGAAGGGGACUGGACAAUGGACAUCAGGACAAAGAGUCAAGGAGGAGAGCCAACGUACAACAUUACUGUAGGCAAAGCUGGCAAAGUCUUGGUUCUUGUAAUGGGCAAAGAAGGGGUCCACGGAGGCGGAUUGAAUAAGAAGCAUUAGUUUUAGUCAUGGGAAAGGAAGGGGUCCAUGGCGGACAGCUCAACAAGAACGCAUUUACCAUGGCUGAGCACCUGAGGAAGUCUGGAUAUUGAAGCAGCCUCUACCCAUCAUCUUUCUCACCUCCAUUGUGUUGACAGUACUUUGAGGAUUAGUUAGCAGACACAUUGGUACUCUUCCCCAGUUACAUUUUUAUGUACACCCUUUGUUUUAUUUUUUGUUAAUUCAUGUUUUUUUUGUCCCUUUUCCUCACCAUUCUUUCUCAGAGCAUUAACACUAUGUACCCUAUUUCUGACACUAAAGUAAGAGCAUGUUCAUCAGAAAUGGUUGAAAUGUAUAUUUACCAAAAGGGAAAUGUGCAAAGAAAUUCAUAAAAAAUAUAAUUAAGUACCAAAUUUGGACUUGGCUUGUAUAAACAAAUACUUAGUAAUUGGAAAAUGACAGGAGGAAGCAUACCUUAAUUGGCUGCGUCAUUUGAUGGUGCAGACAGUUUUGCAUAGGAAAAUGUAUUUUCAGAAUUUUGAAGCGAUGACCGUCUGGUGUGGUCUCCUUUCCUCAGCAUGUCAGGGUUUGAAAGUUGCAUGCAUAUCUUUUAGUAGCCUUUUCCAAACCUUUAUAUUCCAUCCAGAAAUGUUAUUUUAAUUCAGUCCUUCUUGCAUUGUCAUUUGAUACAUACAUCAUUAAGGUAAAGAUUUCCUCCAGCAUAGUCCUCUAACCAUACUUUGAAACCCCUCAGCUGAGUCAGCCCACUAUUUAGAUGUUCUUUUCUUUAGGUUGCAUUAUCUUCCAUCAACUGCUUUUGCUGUUGUAACUUGAAUGUGGUCUUACAAGUCAUUGAUGUGGUGUUGGAAUAUUGUUUGAAAGUAAUGGCAGAUAAGAUCAGCAUUGCUGAGUUAAAAAAAAAUAUAUAUAUUCCUCCCAUGAACCUUCAAUACGUCUUAAAGUCCUCAUGGACAUUCCAUCUUUGCAAUAGCUCAGGCACAUAUCUAGGAUAUGCCAGCUCCUGCAAUUUUAUUUCACGCUGUUGACAUUGCGCAGUGUAUCAUCCCUACAAACCUGUUUUGGCAAGUUUUAUUUUCCGUAGGACCAAUUGUCUGUCAGGGUGAUUUUCAGAAUAGCUUCAAACCAUUGUGAAAGAUUGUUGCCCUCAUUUUGUCAGUCAUUAGACACUAUACUUCAGAUGGCUUUAAAACACUUACUGCUUCUUUAGAUUACUUAGAAACGAAUUGAUUUACUGCUAAUUUGUUAACGGGUGAAAUUGCAGUCUCAUUGGACAACUGGUAAUGAGUGUAUUCUUAGUGAAUGACCGUAAACACAAGCUCUGCUGGGCAAAACUCUUUGAAUGAGUUGCCUUGUGCUCUACUCAUCAAAGAUGUAUCAGCAACUGUCAGCACACUACUUAACAGUAUAUUAAAAACAACAUUGAAAGUGUUUACACUAAAUUGGUGGAAAAUGGUGUUGGUUGGAAUAAGAACACUAGUGAGUUGUCUUGUGAAAACUUUCAAAGAAAACUAUCCUGUGCCAUAAUGUAGAUCUGAUCUGUUGCUACUGUGAGUUAGAUUUGGAACUUCUGCCCCAGCAAGGACUAUGGCUCUUUCCUCCUGUAAAGGCUUUGUGGAAUAUGUCCAGAACUACACAUUUCACACUGAUUUGUGAUUUUUCUUUCCCCUAUGCAUUUGGAUGCAGUCAGUUAUUAAAUUUGCAUUUUGAUAAAUGUUUGGGGGAAAAUGCCAUAAAUUGAUAAAUCACCUUGUUUACAGACAGAUCAAAUAAAAGUUAUUCCAACCAGAACUGUCAA